CGCUUUAAAUCAGCGACACACGAGUCAAGGCAACGGAAGUUGGGCAACAGUGGACUUUUUCUGCUAUCGUCGCCUUGAACGUAGACUUUUUUUAAUUAUUAUUAUUUAUUAUUUACUAUUUUAGAGACUUCUUAUUGGACAAACGUCUACAUAAAUUAGCUCUGAGUCUGAAACUGGGGGCUCUGCUCGCUGUUCUUCUCCACUCGUGUCGACGUAAAACCUCGACACAAUCAGGAAGUCCGGGGAGUUUUUUUUUUCGCUCGCUUCGUCAAACACAAAACGUGAAUGGCCAGUAGAUAUGCCGGCUUCUAACGACAAGUAAUGAGGAGCUAAGUUAGUCAGCGGUCAGAUUUAAGUUAUUGAUGUGGUUUGUUUCAUUAUUACUACCUUGGUAACUAAUUUUAGUCGUCAUUCGUUACCCGGAACACCUGGAUUUACACUUUGCGGGUGAGAGGGAUGGAUGCUCAUCACCUCACUGAAGAUGAAAUGGCAGAGAUUAAAAAAGACGUGCUGACCAGACUGCGGCACUACCUCUGCGACAAGAUCAGAGCCGAACGCCACCUCGACUACCUGCGCUCUCGCAGGAUCCUGACGCGGGACGAUGCGGAGGAAAUCGGCUGCAGGACCACACAGACCAAGAGGACGGCCAUGUUGUUGGAUAUCCUGGCUGAAAACCCCCGGGGCCUGGAUGCCUUGAUUGACUCCAUCAGGGAGUUGCGCUCGCAAAACUUUAUCAUCACCAAGAUCACGGACGAGGUGCAGAGGGCCAAAAAUGAGAAGAUGGAGUCUCUCAGAGCAGGGGCUUCUAGUUCCUCAUCUGACAGCAACCUCAGCAGUCCGAGCACAACCAGCGACACGUUUUCAAACAACUCCACCCUGCUCUUCCACCCCGAUGGAGAACGAAGCCCUUCCACUUCAGACAUAGCAGGCUCACUCAAUCUGCCAUCGUUACAGAAAGGUGGAGACUUGCCGUCUAUCUCAGGUGCUAGCAUUGCUGCAGCUUCGUCCUCCAGCCUCCCGAGGCCCGGAGACCCGGGAGCUCCUCCGCUGCCGGAUGAGGUGGCGGUCGAACCCCCCUCUAACAUGGAUUCCACAACGCCAGGGUGUAGCAGCAGCGGCGGGGACCCAAACUUCCAGCCCCUCCGGUCACGCUCACUCACGCCGACAUCACACAGGAGCAUCUUUUAACUUCAUGUGUCCAUAAGACAGUUCUCAUGCAGUUAAAGGGACAACCACUCAACUCAUAUACAAACACUCUCUUGUUGUGUUUUUUUGGUGUUGCUCUUGCCUUUGAUUAGGCAGUUUCUGAGAAUUGCUCCACAUGGGAUCUACUACUAAAUGUUAGCACUAUACCAAUCAGCUUUUUGAAGAGAAAAUAGACACAUUUUGUCACUGUGGCUGGGGUUUUUUAAUACUUGUGCUAAUCUGUUACCUUAGUUUUGGUAUGAGGCCAAUACGAUACCUUAGUUUCGAGAA